AUGGAUACAGAUAACACAAUUUCAAGUAAGUAUGAAGUUGACCUUCAAGCAAUUCAACGUCAAAUGUGUGCUGAAGAAAGAGAAAAGAGGAAGUAUGUUCUUCAACAAAAGAGAAACAACAUAGGUUCAACCAACAAUGUCGAAAGAAGGAAUGUCCAUCACACUCCUUUUGGAAGUACUAAGAAAAUAUCCAAUUUUGUUGAGAGGACUCCGUUAUCAGAUAUUACAAAUUGUGGAAUAUCUAAAAUUGAAUUACAAAUGAGUGAUGAGAUGUUACCAGAUUCUGUGGUUAGGAAGAUUCAUGGAAUUUCUAAAGAUUAUAUUGAUCAUGGAGAUGCCAUCUUUGUGUGUUCUAAAUGUGAUGCAAUGUUAUGGGAAGAUGAAAUGCUUAGGGGAAAUCAAAAACGUAACAAAACAUCCUAUUCUCUUUGUUGUUCAAAUGGAGAUGUUGAGCUACCACGACCGCCUACACCUCCUCCAUUACUACGUCAUUUAUAUAAAAGUCGCACCUUACAGUCUCGCAAUUUCAUGGAUAAUAUUCGAGCAUAUAACAUGAUGUUUUCCUUCACAUCUCUUGGUGGGAAGAAUGGGGUAAGAGAUUGUUUUCAAGAAAAUGAGUUUCAAGAUGUAAGCUUGAAGCUUAUUGGAACAAGAGAUAAGGAUGGAAGAGUUCACAAUUUGCCAACAGCAUCAGAAAUUGCUGCUUUAAUACAUGGUGAUUUUGAUGGAGCAUUUGAUAAAUGGGACAUUGUUGUUAGAAAGAAGUCUGGUGGUCUUCAAAGAAUUAAUGAGCUUCAUCACUCUUACCUUGCUUUGCAAUAUCCACUUAUUUUCCCAUAUGCGGAAGAUGGUUAUAUAGUUGGUAUUAAACAUAGAGGGAUUGCGAUUGAUGAUGAGCCUGAGAUUUACAGGUGUUUGCACGAUAAAGCUCUUAAUGUUGAAGACAGACCGGAUAUUAUCUCUAGAAUAUUCAAGUGUAAAUUGGAUCAUCUUAUAAAAGAUUUCAAGAAACAUAAAUUCUUUGGUGAUAUACAAGCAGCCCACUGUUCAAAAAUUUCAGUUAUGUAUACAGUGGAAUUUCAGAAGCGUGGACUCCCACAUGCUCACAUAUGUUUAUUCUUGGGUGCUGAAAAUAAAUUUCCAAAUGCAUCUGAUAUUGAUCGUGUUAUUAUUGCUGAGAUACCAGAUAAAGAAAGAGAUCCUGAAUUAUAUGAGCUUGUUAGGCAAUUUAUGAUUCAUGGACCAUGUGGUACAGAUAACCCACUUUGUCCAUGUAUGGUUCAGCAAAAAUGUUCUAAAAAGUUUCCCAAAAAAUAUGUAGACGAGACUUGCGUUGAUUCUGAAGGAUAUCAUGUCUAUCGUCGCCGUCAAACAAGUAAUACGGUAGUAAAGAAUGGUGUGACACUUGAUAAUAGAUUUGUAGUUCCUUACAAUGCUCUUCUGCUCAGAAAGUAUCAGUGCCACAUUAACGUUGAAUGGUGCAACCAGUCAGGUUCUAUCAAAUAUUUGUUUAAAUAUAUUAAUAAGGGGCCUGAUAGAGUCACUGCUUUUGUUUUUCAAGCCAAUAGCACCAAGAAUAAUACGGAACAAAAUGUAGCUGUAGAUGAGAUAAAAGCAUUCCUUGAUUGUAGAUAUAUCUCUGCUUGUGAAGCUGCUUGGAGAAUAUUCAUGUAUGAUAUACAUUAUAGAUAUCCAGCUGUUGAAGUAUUACCUUUUCAUUGUGAAGAUGGUCAGAGUAUUGUGUAUAAUGAUCAUGAUAAUUUGUGUGAUAUUGUUACUGAUCCAACUGUGAAAAUGACAAUGUUUACAGAGUGGAUGAAUUGUAAUAAAGUCGAUGAAUUUGCCAGGACAUUGAGGUAUGUUCAGUUUCCAGGAUAUUAUGUAUGGAAUGCUAAAAAUCGCAAAUGGAAUCGAAGAAAGCAUCUGUAUGGAUCAAUUGGGAGGGUACAUUAUGUCCCACCAUCACUUGGUGAUUGUUAUUACCUAAGGAUUUUACUGAAUCAUAUUAAGGGACCAACCUGUUUUGAAGAUAUAAAAACAGUUGAUGGGCAAGUUUUUCAAACAUUUAAAGAUGCAUGUUUUGCAAGGGGGCUGUUGGAUGAUGAUAAAGAAUAUGUUAAUGCUGUCAAAGAAGCUAGCACAUGGUCAACCGGAGAUUUCUUGAGGACCUUUUUUGUAAUGUUGUUGUUGUCAAAUUCGAUAUCUCGUCCUGGUGUUUUUUGGUCAGAAACGAAGUCCCUGUUAUAUGAAGACAUUCUGUAUCAGCAACGAAAGAUAACUGGUAUUGCAGGUUUGGAUCUUCAACAAGAAGAACUUGAAAAUAUCUGUCUAUCUGAAAUUGAAAAGUUGCUACUUACCAAUGGAAGUACAAUGAGAAAUUUUGAUGAUAUGCCAAGUGUUCCGGACAAUUAUGUUUCAUCGUCGAAUAAUCGAUUGAUAAUGAAAGAAUUAUCGUAUGACAGACUAGCUCUUCAAAGGGAACAUGAUCGUUAUGUAAAGUGUUUAACUGCCGAACAGGAAAAGAUAUAUAAAAUUGUUAUGGAAGCGAUUGAAAAAGGUUAUGGAGGUGUGUUUUUUGUAUAUGGUUAUGGUGGAACUGGAAAGACGUUUCUUUGGAAGACAUUCUCAGUUGCAUUACGAUCAAAAGGUGAAGCUGUAUUGAAUGUUGCAUCCAGUGGAAUUGCUUCACUUUUGCUGGAUGGUAGUAGAACUGCUCAUUCAAGGUUUGUAAUUCCAAUCAACAUUAAUGAGAAUUCAAUAUGUUUGAUAGAGCCUAAUACUGAGUUAGGUGAUUUAAUUAAAAGAGUAACAUUGAUUAUUUGGGAUGAAGCACCUAUGACUCACAAGCAUUGUUUCAAGGCUCUUGAUAGAACAUUGAGAGACGUAUCACGUUCCAGUCAACCGCACAUGCAAUCUAAGCCAUUUGGGGGAAAGGUCAUUCUAUUUGGUGGUGAUAUUAGACAAAUUCUUCCGGUCAUCCCUAAAGGUACCAGAACAAUGAUAGUCAAUGCUUCUUUGAAUUCUUCUUAUAUAUGGCGGCACUGUAAAGUACUAAAGCUAACUGAGAUUAUGAGAUUAAGAGUUGGUUGUCAGGAAGCAGAUUUGAAAGAAAUAAAGGAAUUUGGAGAAUGGAUUUUAAAGCUUGGUGAUGGUCUGCUUGGUGAAGAAAAUGAUGCGAUUCUUGCUCCAACUAAUGAAGCAGUGGAUUCAAUAAAUAAAGAGUUGUUAGAGAGUCUGCCUGGUGAAGAAAAGGUUUAUUUUAGUUCAAAUAGUUUAUGCCAAUCGGAGGAAGAAUCAGAGCUUAAUAUGGCGUUGUUUCCUCCUGAUGUGUUAAACAAUCUUUGUUUAUCUGGUUUACCUAAUCAUAAAUUAGUACUGAAAGUUGGUGCUUCGGUGAUGUUACUUAGAAACACUGAUCAGGCAAAUGGAUUGUGUAAUGGUACACGUUUACAAAUCACGAAGCUCGGAAAAGUUGUUAUUGAAGCAAAAAUUAUCACAGGGACUAAUAUAGGUCAUCAUACUUUGAUUUCAAGACUGAAGAUGACACCUUCAGAUAAAAGAAUACCAGUGAAGAUUUCUCGAAGACAAUUCCCACUUUCACUGUGUUUUGCUAUGACAAUAAAUAAAAGUCAAGGACAAUCAUUGGAGCGUGUUGGUUUAUAUCUUCCACGUCCAGUGUUUAGUCAUGGCCAGCUCUAUGUUGCUGUAUCUAGAGUAAAAAGUAGGAAGGGAUUGAAAAUUUUGAUUUGUGAUAAAGAGAAACGAGUUUGUACAACCACUACUAAUGUGGUUUACAAGGAAGUUUUACAAAAUCUAUGA